UCGGUCUCGUGACGCACUGUUCAAGACUUUUGGUCGAGCAAAUAAAGCAUCGUUCUGCCGGAGACGAUCAAGAAUUAGAAUGGGAAACUCUUCAGGUACCUUGUGUGCGCACGUGGAAACAAAGGACCAAGGAGCUGUGAAUAAGGCAGAAGCUGCAUGUAAAGCGGAACAGGAGGAACCCACGCCACAAACAGGUGAUUUGGGAAACCAAGCACAACCAGAAACUGAGACAAUCGGUGAACGACCCAUACAGGAGGUAGGGACAAAUGAAGGAAAUAUCUUGGAUUCGAUCGAACUGGACAGUUUAUUAGAAGCCAAUGGUUGUUCUGGCGAUGAGCAGGAUAUAACAGAUAUUAUUGACCAGUUGGUGCAGAACGCCUUGAAGACCCCAGUUUUAGCCGACAGCAUAGCCAAUAUUGAACUCUGGAGCCUAGGAAGUGCAAACCAAUUGGAGGCGACACCAGUGGAUGAAGGAAUGAAUAACUUUGAGCCUGACGCUAUUUUAACCAAGGAAAGUGAGUUAAGUGCAAGCCUCAAUGGAGCUUGGUUGCUGCCAAGUUCUGGGGGUAUAAUGACAACACCAUCCACACCGAUUACCACAGCACUUAUGUGUGAGUCACAUGAACAGGAAGAUAGUGUUGUUUAUCUAAAUCACACAAAAGAAACGGAUACCAUCGGAGAGAAUAAACUUCCUUUUACCAUCAUUGACCCAGACGAGGCAACUGGGGACAAACAGACGCAAAGCAAUCCGCAGAUUUUAAAUCCACUAUCAAAAAAUCAUGACAUGAAUGUCUUAGAUCAGGGUUUUGAUGUUAAUAAGAGACUCGAGCCGAUAAAGAUACCACUAGUGCAUGAAAUCCUCCCCCGGCACCAAACAACACUUUCGGUCCGUAUACCAACAUGUUGUGACGAAGCAGCAGACGUGCAGGGAAACUUGGAAAGUAAUGAGAGUUUUUCCUCCGUCGAUAACCCACUACUUCCUAAGGGCGUUUUGAGGGAAUGCAGAACUCUCGGCCACGUCGUAAUUGAUGAAUCAUCUGAAACGUACAAAUACUUUGAGGAUGUCGGGACAGACGCACCGACUGAGCAGCAGGAUGCGACAGCCCCCAUAUAUGUUUGUGCAGAGGAAAACAGCUUAGACACUGUCGGGCUAGUUGGUGAGUUCGCAGGCCGAUCGAGUCCAUUAGAUCACCAGACUUUGGAUUUUGGAUAUCAGAUCGAGUCGGAUGUUAUAACAGAUAACAAAAAGACCGAUUGUGCAAGUCGUGGGGAAACUGGUGAUAGAAAAGAUAGUGAAAAGAGCAGGCAACCAAUGUCUGGAACAUUGAGGCGACGUACAGUCUCCCAACCGAAUUUAGAGCACUACGUAAACUCAGACGGGUCAUCAUUAGGCGAAUUCAACUCUUCGUUAGAAAAAGAUACAACCAUAGACUGUGUCCAACCCACUGCAGUGAGAAAUAUCGGCCAGCAGACCUUUGGUCAUCCUGUCGUUCAAGUUGAUGAUUUAAGUUGCUCUUAUGGGGAAGCAAGCGAAAUUGCCAAGGCGCCAGUUAGUGUGCUAAAUAAUGAUGCGGCGGAAAAUUUCCACACUUCUCCCUCACACAUCCAGGCACGAGCAUCGUUUGUGGUCAACAUCACGGGCACAGUGUCUUCAGCAGAUUAUCCGCUUACGAUCGAUGCUAAAUGUGAAGGUAGUAUACGUGCUCCAAAUGUCAAAAGAAAACAUACUAACACGAAAGAGUUAACGCAGUUAGCAUCAAUUGCUCCCGAUCAAUCUUCAGCAAACUCCUCGUGUUCGAGCUCGAGUGGUUCUGACUCACUUAGUGCCAGAGAAGAUAGUGAAAAUGCGGCAAACACAAGGCUGACACGUAACUACGCAACAAGCAGCAAAACACUAGGGAGCGCAAGCCAAAAACAGUAUGGUCGCAAAAGGGACGAAGCUGGCGAUAUCAUCAUCCGGAAGAGUGUUAAGAAAGGUGGCAGUAUGGAACCAGUGGAAAGAAAUGAACCUGCAGUGUCAAAUCUUUUGCAAGUAUUGGAGUCGGUGGAUGACAUUGAACUAGUUCGAGUGGACGACAAAUUUCCAGCUCAUCCAGAUCAUAAGUUCAAAAUGGUUCUUGAUAGCUCAACUACUUUCCAAGAUUCAAAAGUUGCUAUUCCUGUUGAAAAGUGUUUGAAAUCAAUCACAGAAAUGACAGAACUUUCCUGUUCGUCAGUAUAUGGAGAUCAGCAGAAUAACAACGAGACUAACGGCACUUCACUAAGUGAAUCCAGCUCAGUUCUUCUGGAACGUCUGAAGACUCCAGAAUCAGUUCGUGUUGACCAUUUGGACGAAUUAUCACUGAGUCGGUAUACAAUGUGCUAUUAACAGCGAUGAUCUUUUUGCCUUUUAAUGCUUGGUACUACAUUUUGUGUAAGGCAUCUCAACUAUUUUCGCGCCCAACCUAUGAGUUCGGUUGACCUUUUGUGAAUUUUUUCCAUAUUGGUAGAAAUAUGCCUUAUUUCAAUAUGGAAGCGUUACUGUUUUGUUGCAGUAAUUUUGUUUUCCUGAACGAAUUCGGUUAUUGUCCUGACUUUAUUCCCACCCGAAUUUAAACUGCCAAGUAAAC